GAAGAAUUUUUCAGGCAUCGGGAUAAAACGAUAGUGCGUUUCUCUGCAACAUCUCCUUCACAGUCCAGACGUCUGUUAGCACUGACCCGUCGAGAUGGCUGACAACAGAGAUAAAACUACCGAUCAAAUGAAGAUAUGGAAGGACAACAGAGGCUCUCAGAGGCCAGACACGCUGACCACAGGGGCUGGCCAUCCUGUUGGAGACAAGCUGAACCUGCAGACUGCAGGACCCAGGGGACCUCUGCUAGUCCAAGAUGUGGUCUUCACAGACGAGAUGGCCCACUUUGACAGGGAGCGAAUCCCAGAGAGAGUGGUGCAUGCCAAAGGUGCAGGGGCGUUUGGCUACUUUGAGGUGACGCAUGACAUCACCCGCUACAGCAAGGCCAAGGUGUUUGAGCAUGUCGGCAAGACUACACCUAUCGCUGUCCGCUUCUCCACUGUGGCGGGGGAGUCGGGAUCAGCAGACACAGUGCGAGACCCCCGAGGCUUUGCCGUCAAGUUUUACACUGAGGAGGGCAACUGGGACCUGACAGGCAACAACACCCCCAUUUUCUUCAUCAAGGACGCCCUGCUGUUCCCGUCCUUCAUCCACUCCCAGAAACGCAAUCCCCAAACCCACAUGAAAGACCCUGAUAUGGUGUGGGACUUCUGGAGCCUGAGGCCUGAGAGUCUGCAUCAGGUGUCUUUCCUCUUCAGUGAUCGCGGUUUGCCUGAUGGCCACCGUCACAUGAACGGCUACGGCUCGCACACCUUCAAACUGGUCAAUGCUGAUGGAGAGCGCGUCUACUGCAAGUUCCACUACAAGACUGAUCAAGGAAUAAAGAAUCUGUCAAUGGAGGAGGCCGACCGGCUGGCAGCCACCAACCCAGAUUAUGCAAUUGGAGAUCUGUUUAAUGCCAUCGCCAAUGGUAACUUCCCAUCCUGGACCUUUUACAUCCAGGUCAUGACCUUUGAGCAGGCCGAGAGGUUCCAGUUCAACCCCUUCGAUCUGACCAAGGUUUGGUCACAUAAAGAAUACCCGUUGAUCCCCGUGGGCAGAAUGGUCCUCAACAGGAACCCAGUCAACUACUUUGCAGAGGUGGAACAGCUGGCCUUUGACCCCAGCAACAUGCCACCAGGCAUCGAGCCGAGCCCCGACAAGAUGCUGCAGGGUCGUCUCUUCUCCUACCCAGACACACAUCGACACCGGCUGGGAGCCAACUACCUGCAGAUCCCCGUCAACUGCCCCUUCAGGGCCCGUGUGGCCAACUACCAGCGUGAUGGUCCGAUGUGUAUGUUUGACAACCAAGGUGGAGCUCCAAACUAUUAUCCCAACAGCUUCAGUGCCCCAGAGACCCAGCCUCAGUUUGUGGAGUCCAAGUUCAAGGUUUCUCCAGAUGUGGGCCGUUACAACAGUGCAGAUGAAGAUAAUACCACACAGGUGUGUACCUUCUACACCCAAGUGCUGAACGAAGAGGAGCGCCAGAGACUUUGCCAGAACAUGGCAGGGGCCCUGAAGGGAGCCCAACUCUUCAUCCAGAAGCGCAUGGUGGAGAACUUGAAGGCUAUCCAUCCAGACUAUGGAAACAGGGUUCAGACACUUCUGAACAAGUACAAUGCAGAGGCCCAGAAGAGCUCAACGGUGCGUGUUUACAGCCGUCCAGGAGCCUCGGCCAUCGCUGCGUCCUCCAAGAUGUGAUGCCUUAAAUGUCUGUCAGGGGCAGCCCUCCUCAUUUCUCUAGCAACAAAUGCACUUAUAUGAUAACAACUGCUACUACCAGUAACAAGAAUAGACAUUACUUGAUAAGACUGAAAUACUAACCUUGUAUUGUCAGGGUUAGUUCAUUUUUUAAUUCAAUCCAAAUGAUAGAUUUUCUUCUAAAUGUGUGUUAAAAACCAGAUGAGGUAAAUUUAUCUUGAUUGAACAGCCAUUUAAAAAAAGAAAUGCCAUUUACCACGUAUAACGCCUUGAAAGUAAUUUAAAUAUUUUAUUUUGCGUUUUGAUUUUAUAGCGUUACAGGAAUUAAUCCCAACUGCUGUGUAGUAGUAUAAUGAAUGAUGAUUGUUGCCUAUAAUUCCUCAGGUUGUGUGCAUACCACUAUGUUGUUAUGAUCCAAAUCUUUUCUGUAGUUAAAAUGUAAAGAAAAAAAUCCAGCUGUUCAAAAUUCCUUCUCUCAACAUUCAAAAAAACAUUUGUAAAAACAAAAAUCUUGAUUGAAGUUGGUAAAAUACCUGGAUUUGGUAUGCAGGAUUAGCUUGUUUGGACAAUAAUGAGUUUUGGCAAGUUUUCUUCAUGCUUGACUGAAACUGACAGUAAACAGCAGACAGGAAUUCAUUAUGAAGAGUAGGAUAUUGAAAUUAAGGUUAGUAGAAAUGGCAAUGAGAAAUCUCUUCAUAAUCAUUUCAUUGGCUGAAUGUCUGAAUGUCUCUUGAGCAAGUUUCAAGAUGAGAUAUUUACCUUACAACUAAAACACUCUUCUGUGCCUUUUUUUUUUUUUGUACAAAAACUACAAAACAUAGGUGACUUUAAUCUGAAAUAAUCUGUUAUGAAUUGCUCUAUUUAGACAAAAUAGCCAGUUGUUCACAUGAAGAGAUUGUACAUUAGUACCAUUAGAAAAAUAACGUCAGAAGAUGUAAUUUAGUGGUAAAUCUACAGUGACUAUGAAGUUCUAAUCUGAAGUUAAAUGGUCACAAAGUUUGGAGAGAAACCCAGUUAUUUCCAACUGACCUCAAGUUUAAAAAUAUCAUGUUGGUCACGUUCAUCCUGUGAAGAGACCACACAUCUCCACAACAGGAUGCAAACACACUCAAAUCAAACAUAUCACCGUCCAAUAUGAAUUGUCCAUGUAACCUGCUAUUAUGUUUUUCUAAACUGUCAAAUGUUCUUGAUCUGAAUGUAAACUGAUUUUAUUUUUUUUUUUAUUAAUGUUCAAGUUGUGAAGCUGUUUCAGAUGAGGUGUGUACUCAAUGCCUGUUUUAAUUUGUAAUCAAAGCUUAUCAGCAGCUUUCA